AUAGUCAAAGCCAACAACAGGGACCUCUCCUACAUCCUCCUCAUUUCCCUCUUGCUCUCCUUUUUGUCCUCCUUCCUCUUCAUUGGCUGGCCAAGGAAAGCAACCUGCUUUUUCCGACAAAUUGCAUUCAGCAUCAUCUUCUCAAUUGCUGUCUCUUCAGUCUUAGCAAAAACCAUCACAGUGGUUCUGGCCUUCCUGGCCACUAAGCCAGGGAACAGGGUGAGGAGAUGGCUGGGGAAGGGUCUGGCAAACUCCAUUGUCAUUUCCUGCUCCAGUGUCCAAGUUCUCAUUUGUACCAUCUGGUUGGGCAUCUCUCCCCCAUUCCCAGAAUCUGACAUGCUCUCCCAGCCUAGAGAGAUUAUCCUGCAAUGCAAUGAAGGGUCUGUUGCCAUGUAUUAUGGUGCCCUUGGCUACAUGGGCUUCUUGUCUGCCACCUGUUUCACGGUGGCUUUCCUAGCCAGGAAGCUUCCUGGGGCCUUCAAUGAGGCCAAGCUGAUCACCUUCAGCAUGCUGGCUGCCACCAAGAUGUCCCUGAGGACCAAGUGUCUCUUGACCAGGCCUUUUGAACUCCAGGAAGACUAUUACAGGCCAGGAGAUCUCAUUGUGGGGGGACAUUUACGCUUCAGCAGUGCCAUACACACAAAUCAGAUGUUUAUUUUGUCACCCCGAGAACGGGACACAUACAUUUCUAAUCAAGUGCUGAAGACCUACCAGCACAUCCUGGCCUUGGCAUUCUCUGUCAGUGAGGUCAACAGGGACCCCGUGCUCCUACCCAACACAACACUGGGCUUCCGUAUCUAUGGUGAUAACAGCGAUGCAAAGAGGACCUAUGAGUCCAGCCUGUCUCUGCUCUCCACGAGGGGGGACGUGGCCCCCAACUAUCAAUGCGACAGUCGGGACAAGCUGUUCUCCGUCAUCGGGGGUCUCAGCUCCAAAUCAUCAAUGCCAGAUGGCAUACCUCUUUGGCAUCUUGAAGAUUCCACAGCUUGGUUAUGGUUCAUUCAGCCCUGUUGA